AUGACCACCAACCCAGGCCCAGCACCAAUCACCCUCCCCAACUCCGAACAAUUCUAUCUCAGCAACGAACAAGGCGAAUCAUACCUAAUCCAAAUAUCCUGGCCCCUCCACUGGCAAGACCGCAACCCCCCAUCUGGCCAUGACCAACUUCCCAUCAUCUACAUCGUCGACGGCAACGCCCUAUUCCUAACCGCAACAGAAGCCGCCUGGCGUCGCGCUGUAUGGCCAAAUUUUGCCGGAGGGGGCAUUGUCGUCGCGAUCGGGUAUCCCCUGUCUGGGAAAGUAUAUGACAUCCCUCGACGUUGCUUGGACUUAACCCCACCAACAGCGACCCGAGUAGAUGGACACGGAGGCGCGGAUUCAUUCCUUGAUUUUAUCGAUAAGACCGUGAAACCAGCGGUGAGGGCCCGGUUCCCGCGGUUGGAGGUUUCCAGGGAGGCGCUGUACGGUCAUUCGUUUGGGGGUUUGUUUGCCUUGCAUGCGUUGUUUACAAGUCCGCAAAUGUUUGAUUGUUACGUUGCGAGUAGUCCGUCGAUUUGGUGGAAUGGGAGGUGUAUUUUGGCUGAGGCGAGGGCGUUUUUGGAUGGAGAAGAAGUGGGUGGGCGGGUGCCGGCGCUCUUGAUGUAUUUUGGGUCGCAUGAGGUGAGUCCGCUGAGGUGGAAUGAUGAGGAGCUGGAUCAUUAUGAGCGGAGGAAGAUGGACGCAUUGGAAUGGAGGAUGGGGAGGAAUGCGCUUGAGCUGGGUGAGUUGCUGCGAGAUUGUAGGCGGUUGGAUACGGUGUCGGUGAGUGAGUACCGGGGGGAGGAUCAUGGGAGUAUUAUGGCUUGUUCGAUGAGUAGGGCGUUGACUACCUUUUUUGAGGAGUGGCCUUUGCGGAAGUAAGUGUUGUUUUUGUAUUGUUGUAAAUUGGGUGGUGGUGUCAGG